AUGAAAGAUCUGUAUCAGACUAUCGAUGAAGGGAAGGUUGGUAUUUUCGAAUCUCCUACCGGAACUGGAAAGUCAUUGAGUCUUAUCUGUGGCUCCUUGACAUGGCUUAGAGACCAUAAACGGAGUGUGCUUGAAGGCCCUACUGGAAAUGUGGAGCCUGGCGAUGACCCUGACUGGAUGAUUGACGCAGAAAGACAAGAACGAAGACGUGCCGUAUUACAACACAGGGAGGAGCUCGAAGGAAGACUUUCUGAAGUGCGGAGACAAGAAACAGCACGAAGGAAAAGGUUUUCUAAUCAAGUUCGGUCGUCUAAAAAGCUUCGUACUCAUCAACCGGAGAUAUUGGAUUCUGCGGCAGAAACCGACGACUUUGAAUUCCUCCCAGAAGAAUGCGACAGCAAGGUUGUGACUGAAGGAAACGGCUAUCCUGGGCCAGGAAAGGAUCAUGAUGCCCUGUCGUCCAAUACUCAGGCACUUCUUGCAAAGCUGAACGGCGUGAAGAGAACCGUAGAGCAGAUCUCGGCUUCUAAAGAGACGAGAAUUAUCUUUUGUUCUCGCACGCAUUCUCAGCUCACACAAUUCGUGAACGAGCUGAGACGGGUCAAGCCACCUCUAAGCAUCACCUCAUUAGAUGAGAAUGGGCUGGGCGAAUCAUCACCUCCCCAGGAGGAGGUUGUCAAGCACUUGUGCCUUGGUUCAAGGAAAAAUCUUUGCAUCAACCACAAGGUAUCACGACUGGGAUCAGUGGCAGCCAUCAACGAGAGGUGUCUUGACUUACAAAAGCCAGGUGUGCCUGAGGAGCGGAAAUGUCCCUUCCUACCGAAGAAGGAUAACGAGGAUCUGAUCGACAGUUUUCGAGACCAUGCUCUAGCCGAAGUGUAUGACAUCGAAGACUUGAGCAAUAUAGGCCGAAGCAUGGGUGUCUGUCCAUAUUACGCCUCUCGAGCCGCUAUAGACUCGACCGAGAUCUUGACGUUGCCCUACCCUCUGCUUCUACAAAAGUCAGCUCGCGAAGCUUUGGGCGUUUCUGUCAGAGAUCACGUCGUCAUUAUCGAUGAAGCUCACAACCUCAUGGAUGCUAUCACUGACACUUAUUCGUGCUCAGUUUCUCUACAUCAGGUAGAGACGGCAACUUCGCAAGUUAUGGUGUAUGUCCAGAAGUUCAAGGACCGGCUGAAGGGCCAAAAUAGGAUGUAUAUUACGCAGCUAAUUCGUCUACUCAAUUCCAUCUCGGACUCUCUCCGCUCUACAGCAAGCAACACGCGUGAAAAUGAAGCAAUCAUCACUUCCGGCCAAUUACUCUCAGGAAAAGGGGUAGACCAGAUCCAGCCUCAUAAACUGAUCAGCUAUCUUCAAGAGAGUAAACUGGCUCGUAAAGUUGAAGAAUACGUUCAGUACACUGACGAAGCGGCCAAAGGUGGAAUUAACCAUCCUCAUGAUCGUGGCGCAUUGCAGGUCUUCCAGAGUUUCAUUGCCGUUCUGAUGAAUCCGUCCUCUGAAGGUCGUUUCUUCUUCUCCAGAGACGAAGACGGCCGCAUCCAGGCUCGUUACACGCUGCUCGACCCCCGAGAACACUUUCGAGACAUUGUGGAGGAAGCCAGAGCAGUUAUCCUGGCGGGUGGGACCAUGUCCCCGAUGUCUGAUUACAAAGACCAUCUCUUCUCCUAUCUACCACCCGACCGCCUUCAAGCAUUCAGCUUCGGCCACGUGGUACCACGUGAGAACAUAUUCGCACGAUCGGUCAGCACGGGCCCAUCAGGCGUGGAAUUUGACUUCACCUUCGAGAAACGAAAGUCAUUCCCGAUGGUGUUGUGGCCUUCUUCCCUAGCUACGACUUUCUCAGCCAUGUCGUCACGGUCUGGAAGAGGGCUCCUCUACCCAGCACCCAUCCCAACUCACACAACACCUCCGCACAACCCUCCAUCAGCAUCUUCUCCGCUCUCAACGCCAUAA